AUGGAGGUGCUGUACUCCGACGAGGCUCUGGCCGCCGUCGCGCCGAUCGCCGUGUACUGGGCCUACUCCGGCGUGCACAUGGCCAUCGACCAUGGGCGGCUGAUGGAGAGGUACAGGCUCAGCACCAAGGAAGACGAAGACAGCAAGAACAUGGUGUCCAAGCGAGACGUGUUGCUGAACGUCCUCUUCCAGCACUUCUUGCAGCUCCUCAGCGUCGCCUUGCUCACCAUGGUAAGUAAUUUAAUUGCCUCGCCGGUCGCGGGAGGAUCAUCCAACGCGGCGGCGGCGGCGACCACCUCCUCCUCGUCGUACCUAGGGGCGGCGUGUCGAGUGGCGGUGGCGGUGGUGGUGUUCGACGGGUACCGGUACGCGUGGCACCGGCUUGCGCACCGGAGCCGGUUCCUGUAUAGGAAGCUGCACUCAUGGCACCACCGCAUUGUGGUUCCCUACGCCUACGGCACCAUCUACGGGCACCCACCCCUGUGGAACGGCGCUGCCUACCACGGCGUGCACCACAUGCCCGGUGGGGUUAGACACAACUUCUCGGAUCUGUUCUUUGUCACGUGGGACAAGCUCUUUGGGACGCAGAUGCCCUAUGCCGUGGAGGAGAGGCCAGGCGGCGGGGGGCUGAAGCUCCGACUUUUGCGGCCAAAACCGGUGCCUAAGACGCGUCUCGAACCGUCGGUGGAGAGUAGUGCUACUGCCUCCUCCUAA